AUGGAAAAUAUUAUUCGAAUUAGACAAAUGCCGAAAACAUUUCGAGGUUUAAUCAUGCUCGUUUUGGUUAUUAUCUAUAUCACUAUUUUUCCAAACGUCACUUCUUAUUAUGAGCAAGAAAAUCAACAAGCAUCAGUACGGGGCGUCAUUACGACGUUAAUUCGUAGCACGAAUCGAUCUGUGCUUCUCACAAUAAACAUGAUUCAUUCUAUUAUUGAAUUUUAUCCAGUGAACGAUGGUUAUCUUUAUCCAUUUCUUAUAUUUCAUGAUGAAAAUUUUACUUCAGCCAUGCGUCAACAAAUAUUAUCGUGUGUACUUCAAAACGACAAUCAACUACAAAUUUCAUUUGCACUUGUUGAUUUUCGAACAAAAGUGCAAGUAUCCACCGAAUCAAGAUUUGAAAAACCGAUUGGAUAUCGUUUAAUGUGUCGAUUUUGGACGUAUGAUAUAUUUUAUCAUCCUUUAAUUAUUCAUGGACAAUAUGAUUAUCUAAUGCGAAUGGACGAUGAUUCGUACUUUUCGAACAUAAUGAAAAGGGAUCCGUUUAUAUAUAUUGCUAGUCGAAAAUUAGAUUAUAUCUAUCGAUCUACGUAUGUGGAACCAUUUACACCUAUGGAGCCCAUCUUGAAACGUUUUAUCCAGAAAACAACACUUCGGCGUGAUUGUAUUUAUAACAAUUUUUUUGUGAUUCGUUUGAAAUGGUUCUAUGAAUCGCAGCGAGUUCAAAGUUUCGUUCGUGAAUUAAUUGAUGAUGAUCUAAUACUUCGAGAAUAUAUUGGUGAUGGAUGUGCUCAUUCAGCUAUACUCGAAGUUGAUAAUCACGUUAAAGUGGAACGUAUUAGUGAUAUGCCGUAUGGACAUAAUUAUCAUUUAAUGCCAAAAGGAUACUGGGGAAUGAAAUUUCGUGAAGUAAAUGGAUUUGAAGAAGAAAUGAAUAAAUCGUGCCGACAGUUAACGGUACUCAGACAUAGUAGAGGCAUAAUAAAACGUAUCAAGAUAUCAUGA